UGAGAGUUGCCUCAGACGGUACCGAGGACAAAUACAGCGUCAUUCUUCCGACUUACAACGAACGCGGAAAUUUACCAGUGAUCAUUUGGCUUUUGGCUAAAACCUUUAAAGAACAUGAUCUAGAUUGGGAGGUAGUAAUCGUCGAUGACGGGUCGCCGGAUGGUACUCAGGACGUUGCAAAACAGCUUGCAACCGUAUAUGGCACGGAACAUAUUGUUUUAAAGCCACGGCCUGGAAAGCUUGGUCUGGGGACUGCCUAUGUUCACGGGUUGCAAUAUGUCACCGGGAAUUUUGUUAUCUUAAUGGAUGCAGAUUUUUCCCAUCAUCCAAAGUUCAUUCCGGAAUUUAUAAGACUUCAGAAAAGCAACAAUUAUGAUAUUAUCACCGGAACGCGAUACGCUGGCAAUGGUGGUGUAUAUGGAUGGAACCUCAAACGUAAAAUAAUAAGUCGAGGUGCAAAUUUUCUUGCCUCAACGCUCCUUCGCCCUGGUGUAAGUGAUCUAACUGGCAGUUUCAGACUAUAUAAAAAGGAAGUAUUAGCAAAAAUUAUGUCCGUAGUAAUCUCAAAAGGUUAUGUAUUCCAAAUGGAAAUGAUGGUUCGUGCACGUCAAUUUGGAUAUACAAUCGGAGAAGUUCCUAUUACAUUUGUUGAUCGUGUUUAUGGAGAAAGUAAAAUGGGUGCUAAUGAGAUUGUUCAGUUUGCAAAAGGCGUUUGGCAAUUG